UGUUGCUGCUGCCAUGGAAGAUGCCGCGCAGACACAGCCCGCUCCCGGAGCGCUGAGUUGGCGGCUCAGUUCGCACCCCAUUACGCUCCUGACGUUUUUGGGCUUUCGAAUAUCGAGCGUGCUCAUAUACUUUCUCGGCUUAUGGGUCAUCAAGAGCAUGAUCAUGAUCUUCAUCAUCACAAUCCUCCUCCUCGCCGCCGACUUCUACUACCUCAAGAACAUCGCGGGCCGGCGCCUCGUCGGCCUGCGGUGGUGGAACGAGGUGGACCCGUCGACGGGCGAGUCGCAGUGGGUGUUUGAGAGCCUGGAGCCGGGCACGCGGCAGAUCAACCCGACGGACAGCCGGUUCUUCUGGCUGGCGCUGUACAUCCAGCCGCUGUGGUGGGUGCUGAUGGCGAUUUUGGCGCUGAUUCGGCUGCAGUUUCUGUGGCUGCCUCUUGUUGCGAUUGCGCUGGCUUUGACAAUCAUCAACACGCUGGCCUUCUCCCGCUGCGACAAGUUCAGCCAGGCGUCGAAUUUCGCCGGGGGCGCUUUUGGGUCGACGAAUUUGGCGGGGAGCAUUGCGAGCAACUUUGUCAGCCGCAUGUUCAGGGUGUAAU